GUGUCAAAGUUCACUAUAUAGAGAGCUCAGUGAGCUGAUCAGAGAGAAAGCAUUCUGCCAGCCGGGCUCCUACCAAUCGCAAAUCACUUCCUAACCUCCGCCUUUUUAACAUAUUUGAUCACUUUGAUUCCUCUUCGCCUAUUAUUUUCCAGAGCGCGGUGGAGGCUUGUAGGUUGUGAUCCUUGUUUUUUAUAUAGUUUUUUGGAAGUGUCCGUUUCCUCUCCAAUUGCUGGCGCUCACGAGCAGAAGAAGACGCUGUGCGUGCGUCUGUGUGUGUGUGUGUUUUUUUUCCCUUUUUUUCUGCUGGUGUUUCCUUCAAGACUUGCGCUGGAACUUGAGAGUCGCAGCUUCAGUGUUGUCCAGGCUCCGCCGCGGCGCUCCGCUCCGUCUCUUGUUUUGGCGCAUCUUUCUCUCCUGCGUUGAUGCUGGAUGGCUGAGUGUCGGCGCCCCUGGACUUGGCCUUUAAGCGCGAGGCAGCGACUCAGCUCGCAUCACUUUUAAAAACACCGACAGUGGGAGAUUCCGUCCUUUUGUUUUUCACCCCUCUUUUUUUUUUAAAUUUCCAUCGCAGUCGUUUUCUCGUCGCGACAGCAAAACGGCAGACAAAAAGUUUCUCUCCGUUGACUGAUAGAUAUGGCAAUGGUAGUGUGGAGAGGCUCCCAGGACGAUGUGGCUGACACCCAAGGCGCCCUCUCCUCGCAGACCCAAGGAGGACUAUCGCUUCCCACCCCGCAGCCGGGCCAGCUGAACCUGAGCGCCUCGCAGGUCGCCGCGCCGACCCCGCAGACGCCGGUGCAGGGGAACCCGAACGCGCAGUCCACGCCGAGCAACCAGUCCUCGCAGGAGAAGCAGCCGCAGCACAUCGAGUGCGUGGUGUGCGGCGACAAAUCCAGCGGCAAGCACUACGGCCAGUUCACAUGCGAGGGCUGCAAGAGCUUCUUCAAGCGGAGCGUCCGGCGGAACCUGACCUACACAUGCCGGGCCAACAGGAAUUGCCCGAUCGACCAGCACCACCGCAAUCAGUGUCAGUACUGCCGCCUCAAAAAAUGCCUUAAAGUCGGCAUGAGACGGGAAGUUUCUCUUUUUACUGCAGCCGUGCAAAGGGGACGGGUGCCACCCACGCAGCCACACCACGGCCAGUUCGCCUUGACAAAUGGGGACCCACUCCACUGCCAUUCCUACUUAUCCGGAUAUAUCUCUCUCCUGUUGCGAGCGGAGCCCUACCCCACGUCCCGCUAUGGCAGCCAGUGCAUGCAGCCCAACAACAUCAUGGGCAUCGAGAACAUUUGUGAACUUGCGGCCAGGAUGCUCUUCAGCGCCGUGGAGUGGGCCAGGAAUAUUCCCUUCUUCCCGGACCUGCAGAUCACCGACCAGGUGGCUCUGCUGAGGCUGACGUGGAGUGAGUUGUUUGUGCUGAACGCGGCCCAGUGCUCCAUGCCCCUUCACGUGGCCCCCCUGCUGGCCGCCGCUGGCCUCCACGCCUCCCCCAUGUCGGCGGACAGAGUGGUGGCCUUCAUGGACCACAUUAGGAUCUUCCAGGAGCAAGUGGAGAAGCUCAAAGCUUUGCACGUUGACUCUGCCGAAUAUAGCUGCUUAAAGGCGAUUGUGCUCUUCACCACAGAUGCUUGUGGCCUCUCAGACGUGGCCCAUGUGGAAAGUUUGCAGGAGAAGUCCCAGUGCGCCCUGGAGGAGUACGUCCGGAGCCAGUACCCCAACCAGCCGACCCGCUUUGGGAAGUUGUUACUGCGCUUGCCUUCCCUCCGCACAGUCUCCUCCUCGGUCAUAGAACAGUUAUUUUUCGUCCGCUUGGUAGGUAAAACCCCCAUUGAAACUCUCAUCAGGGAUAUGUUGCUGUCGGGGAGCAGUUUUAACUGGCCUUACAUGUCCAUUCAGUAAGAAGGACAAACAAAAGGUGUGGGGUUGAUGGGGAGGAGGAGGAGGAGGACAGGGGGGUCUGCUGCGGGACUACAAUGAUUAUAGCUGCUUUUGUGGAAGGAAUUAAAAAAGGAAAAAAAAAGAAAAAAAAAGCAACCGGCUGUUACACUGGGCUGGCUUUCAUGAAGAAAGACAUAAUGACUGUGAAUCUGACAAAAAUUGAGACGUCCACUGAACUUUCAAAAUGGCAGACUCUCCCAGUGUCCAUGCAGAGCGCCCCAUUGUUUUUUUAUGAAAUGGAAAAAAACACAGAAAAAAAGGGAUUCUGUUCUGAGGAAAUUUUAAGUAUUAAGUGCAUUUAAUUUCGGGAAGGGCGGGAGGGUUGGAGGAAAAAAAAUGGAGAAAGGGAUUUUUUUUUUCUCUGAUGACUUUGUCCUGUGUCCAUGUAUAGCUGUGUUUUUUUUUGUUUUUUUUUUUGUACUUUCUUUGUUCCUCCUUUCCUGGUUCCAAACCGGCCUGUGUGAUUUCUGUACGGUGGUGUUAUUUUCUUACGAAGGUGUACAAAACUGAAAAGUUCUAAAAAGGAAUUAAAACCACAGCAAUAGGAAGUUGUAGACGUAUAGGCUGCAAGCGCACUUAUCGACUUUAGGAUCCGGGAACACGUAAGGGACUUUUAUAUUCUUAACCCACUUGGAGAAAUUUGUCUUCCCCCCUGAUAUUUGGCUUCAGUUCCCCAGCAUUUCUCUCUUACAAGCUGCCUAUAUGUUCAAAUGGUGCGUUCGAGGUGCACUAAAAGCCUAGUGAUCAGGUCAGACAGUAUUAAGGCGUCCCUGAAAUGUCACCCUUCAAGCAUUAAGUGCCUGACAAAAGUAGAUUUGGGGAACACAAUUAGACUCUUAAAAACGACAGCUGAGGCAGUAUUCUUGUAAAUAUAGGUCAACUUAUUUCCUUUUUUUUUUCUAAAAUGUGAUUAAGAAAAAAAAAUCUGUGGUUGCCAUUAUCUUCUUCUUCUUCUUCUUGUUCUUCUUCUCUCGGUGAUGAACAAAAACUGAGUGGCAGACUUAGCUAGUAGCACUGAAAGUUCUGUUUUAAUGUACAUACAUAUUACGGCAAAAAUGUUUUCUUCUUUUGUUUUCAUGUAUAUUUAGACUGUGAAUGCAUGGCCACAGGUCGCUAACCUAUUUUACCUUUGAUAUAUAAAUGUAAAUGUUUCUUCUCUCUUAUUUUUGACUGUAUAGAUAUAAUCUGUGCAUUCUUAGCCCUUGUAUUUAAAGAAAAAAAAAAGACACACACGGUGACUAUUAGGCUUAAAAACAGGGUGAGCAGGUUCUUUUUUUGGAAACAAGGAGUUGAUAUUUUAACUUUUAGUGUUAUUUGCUCCUUUGGUCUCUUGACAGGUGCAGUGCAGUGUGUGUGACAGGGAGAGAAGGGGUGUGCGCAUGCGCGCGUGUGUGUGUGUGUGAAUGUGAAAGCAGGCAAUUUUGUUUCUGAGGCUUUUCUUCAACACACACGGACACACGCGCACGCACGCACACACAAACACAAACACAAUAAGAGCAUGUUGUGGUUGAAUUAAAAGGGAUUGAACACUGAUCUUUGGGCUCGUGGUGGCCACAUGUGGACCAGAGAAUGAUACAUGAUUGUAAUUAUGAACAGUUUAAACUGAACCCACGUUUUUAUAUAAAUAUAUCAAAAUAUAUGACUGCAGGGUAUUAUUGAUAACGUAUAGAUACUUUUUUUAUGACCAUGAUUAUUAUUAUUAUUAUUAUUAUUAAUUGCAAGUGAUAUAUGUGAGUGUGUGUGAAAGUUUAUAGUUGAACACAAUUCUUGUUUGUUUGUGUUAGCUUAUUGUACAACGAGCAUUCUGCUGUAAAUUUGUUCUUGGUAUUAAAUUAUAAUUUAUGAAUUUGAAAAAAAAAAAAAACGACGCACGCUUUUCAUGUUUUUUAUUCUUUGAGACUUGUGUCAGCUGCUGGUGUGUGUGUGUGCGUGCGCGCGCGUGAGUGUGUGGUGGAGUCACUUUGCUUUGGCAGGAUGUCGCCCCCUCCCUUUCCCCGCGAUGAGGGUGAUUAAUGGGUUUCAAAAAUAAUUAAUCCAUCACUCUAGACACUCGUUCUACAUUUACAAAAAUUCACUUUAAAUUUAAAAAACGUUACGGUGUUGCGUUUGUGCGCGUCAGCGCAGCGCAAAUUGCGUCACUUUAAACAAACAAAAAAACUGAAUCGUGAGGAAAAUCCAGGAGGCACAAAAUAUAUUUUAAACAUAUAAAUUCAAGUAUAUUUAGAGUAGAACUUUAAAAUAAAUCCAGGUGUUUUUACGUGUUGCGUUCACGCCUUUUAGAGUCCAGUUAAAUGGAGGUGAAAGCUGUUUGUGUGGCGUUCACAUCCCGAUAUGCCGUCGUAAAUUUAUAAUCCAAAAACAUCCCAGGGGUAGUUUGUGUUGAGUUCAAGCCACAUUUAUUAUUCAUUCGUGUUGCGUUCAUGUUCGCUGCUGAGCUCCUCCAAAAUAUCAAGGGCUUCUAUGUGUUGCGUUCACGUUCUAAAUCUCUGUUGAGUCAAAACAUUUGUGAUUAAUGUUUAGCCUUUCAGAACAUGAACUAAACUGCGUGUGUGUGUGUUGACAAGUGUGUGUGUCACUGCUGCUGCUGAUGAUGGUGAUGAUGAUGAUGGUCUUUUAACACGCGUCCUCGCUGAAAGCUGUGUUUAUCCAUACUGUGCUGCGUUCACUGCCUUGUCUGAACAGUCUGUCUCUGAGGUGUAUUUCUAUAUCAAGGCCAUAUUGAUAACAAGAGUCGUCACACGCACGUAAACACACACACGCCGCGCGCCAGCACCGUGCACAUCCAUGGUGAAACUCCUGCUCUCGGGGGGCGCGGAGCCCCAUUUUAAAGACCCCUAAACGAGCCGUUACUCGACGUGAUCUCAGUUGACAGGGCGCGGUGUAAAUGCUGGACUCCAUCAUUUCGUACUUCUGCUCAUUUAUUAGCUCUGCGCGCUCCGCUAAUGAGGCGUAACGCGCAGCGACGUCACUUUUGUUUACUCGUGACGUGGGAACUUUGUGACACUCGAUCUGCGGCGCCAGUUCACAGGCGAUGAACGGCGAUAUUUGUUUAAUAAGAUGAAGAUGUGCGUCAUUUUCGCCCACGAAAACACGCGUCGGCGCACAGCUGAGCCGCAAAUGUGCGCGUUAUUUGCACCCUGGCACGCGGACAAAUUGGCUCGCUCGCUGCUGCGCCGUAUAGAUUUACGACGCGCACUUGCUGCUAUUACAUGUCUGCUUGUUGCUGUUGUUAUUACGCCGGUAUUAGUGGCGGGAGGAGCUGUAAUAGCGCCAGCAGCAGGCAAAUAUCAUAUGACUCACCCUGCUAGUUCUCUACCACCAUAGUUACUGAGCCAGCUAAACUGAUUAUAACCUGUGCGUUAUAGAUAUUUUCAGCUAAACUUUUACCCUAAAAUGCACCAAACAUAAGUGCCACCGCAUUUUGUGAUAAUAUACUUGACAAUCACAUCUUAUAAUGUUUUUGCUGAAACGUUUUCCAUGCAUGAAUCACAUGUUCUUUAUGAGGCAAUGUUUGUUCUCAACAUUAUUGACAUUUCAAUUCGUCAUUUUAGUGGAAUGUCUUCCAUUUUAACAGCCACUCUGAAUCGACACCGUGUUGGUGGUGAAUCGUGGUUCCUGCUCUUCCACCGUUACAUUUUAAUCCAAAUCAAUUGUGAGUUCAGUCACAACUGAAGUGUGUUUGGAUAUUUGUCAUAAGCUGCUCGACGCGCUUGAAGCUCGGCGCCUGGCUCAGAAAUGUAAGAACAUUGUGCCAUCUACCUGCGGAGAGUGGAACUGUCGCUCCCCAGUGUUGACUGGGAGACACGUUUGCCUCACUGCAACUUUUUAAUUUUUAUUUUUUUAAGCUUCGUUAGAGCGUGUGGAGAUGGUGCGUUCAUGGCUCUGAUAUUUUGAAACGUCAUUUUAAAUAUCGAUCUGAUUUACUAAAAAGAAAUGUUUAAAGUGAAGUCAGGAGGCGAAGAAUUGCCGCACUCUUCACGAAAAACCGUUCUCCGUCACAUAUUGAUCGAUCCCAUCUUGUAUCGACUGAUCACUUGGGGUGCACUUCAUAAAGACCCCCAUUUGCUGGAAGGCAGCACCGGUCACCCACAGACGGGUGUAACGUUGGGGCUCAACCGUCGUCAUCCCAUCAGCUUGUUGACUAGAGCUCUGGAGAAGUGGGACCCCACUUUUGGCUUUGGUCACCCCACUUUCUAACUCCUAUUUACUCUACAAGCACGAGAGCUUUUGAAACUUAGUCAAAAUCGGUUGUCAAAAAAUGUCUGGCUCAAGGGUGAACGUCUCCCAAACAUUAGGUAUUUCAAGUGAAUGUAUUAUCCAGAUGAAUUCAACAUUUUAUCAGAAUACAUUUAGCAUACAAUUUCCGAUAAUUUUGUUUUGCAAUACAACACUAUUUCCAUGUUUUUGUUGCAUCUUCAAAUUCACCCAACAUUAUCGAAUCGACUGCAACACAUGAGAUCAUGACAAUACAUGUAGUAAGAAGUAAGAAAUAAUGCUAAUAAAAUAAACGUCUAUUUUUUCUCCAACUAAAAACAUGGGUUUUAAUAUUUUUCUUCACAAUUAAUAACCACGUGAGACCGUUCUUAAAUCUUUCAAUCUACUAGUUCUUUGUUUAUUAUGGCGCGCCAUACCGAAUUACAGAAGCGUUUAACAAAUAUUAAAAGUUAAAAAAAAACAUUUUAACAGCGUUUUUUCCUUCUCUUCACAAACCUCCUCUCAUUCUUAAUCUGCAAAUUAAAACGGCGACGACACAUGUAAAUAGGAGGCGGUCAGAUGACACUCCUUCUCUGGAUGUCGGGGUCGCGCCUGGACGCCCCUCGUCGGGACCCCCGCUCUCAUGAACAGCGUGGUCUCCGACACAGAGACAGCAGCAGGCGGGCGGUGUUGUAGUGACCUAACUCCACAGGCAGGGGGAGCCAGGCAGCUCCUAUGACCCCGGCUGUGCUCGGGUGAAGUUCGCAGCCGCACAGCUGACGGUGUUCUCUUUCAUUUUACACGUCUUUCUGAAACCGUAGAAGAGAUUUCUGUGAGACAAAAUGCUUUCUGAGCAGAUGAGCAACUUCUUAAGACAGUAUUUAAUGCGUAUACACCACAAUUCAACACCUUUGCUUUGUAACAAAAUAGAUUCAAACUAAAUAUAUGUAUGUAUUUGUAUUCAGUUGAAAACAUUUAACGUAGUAAUCAGCACCGUUAAAAAAAAACCUUUUAAAAAAUAUUAAUCUAUAAUAGAUUAAUAAAAAUAAUAUUUCAGUCACUACAACCAUGGGACCUCUUAACCGAAACUGCUUUC